AUGGCUCCUCUAAAUGUUCUCAUCUGCGGCGGGGGCUGUGGUGGACCAGCUUUAGCCUAUUGGCUGGCAAACAGCGGUCACCGCGUCACCGUUGUUGAACGCUUCUCUACUCUUAGGGCCUCCGGUGCACAGGUUGACCUUCGCGCUCAAGGAAUCGAAGUCGUAAAGCGCAUGGGAAUUCUGGAUGUCAUCCGUGCAAAAACUGUUGAUGAAGCGGGAACUUCUUUUGUAGAUGCACAGAACAGGACCAAAGCGACCGUAAUGGCCAACAAAUCAGGCAAGGGAUCACAGACUCUUACGUCUGAAUACGAGAUUAUGCGCGGUGAUCUGGUGCGAAUAUUGUAUGACGCUACCAAAUCUAACGUGGAGUACAUAUUCGGCGUAAGUGUUGACAGUUUCGAGCAACCUGACGACCGAGUCGUAGUAUAUUUUUCAGACGGCCGUACCGAUACUUUUGACCUUUUGGUCGGAGCAGAUGGUCAAGGAUCGCGAAUUCGAAAAGCAAUUCUGCCUCCUGACUCUCCAGAGCCUUACAACCGAUUGGGCUUAUAUUCAGCUUAUUGGUUCGUGCCUCGCUCUGAGACAGACAGUGAGACUUGUAAAAUCUACCACAGCCCAGGCAGCCGAGCGAUUAUGACCAGGAGCCACAGUGUAACGGAAACCCAAGUCUAUUUUGCAAUCAAAGAUGAUUCUGAGGAACUAAGAAGUCUUCCAAGGGCCUCUAUUGAGCAGCAAAAAGCGUUUUGGUCAGAAAAAUUCAGCGGGGCAGGAUGGCAGACGGAUCGGUUCAUCGAAGGUAUGAAGAACGCAGAAUAUUUUUACUGCCAAGAAGUCAUUCAAGUACGUACAGACACCUGGUAUAAGAACCGCGUCGUUCUUCUUGGUGACGCUGGAUACUGUCCAUCUCCAGUCACUGGAAUGGGAACUACAGCCAGUUUUGUUGGUGCAUAUGUGCUAGCUGGAGAGAUCAAUCGAAAUGCCCAGAACCUUCCCGUUGCGCUCGCAAAUUACGAAAAAACCCUGCGGCCAUUUAUCAACGAGGUUCAAGUCAUUAAUCGACAGAUGAUCCGUUCCGUGUUUCCCCAAACGCAACUGGGAAUCCUUAUCCUCCAUUUCGUGGCUGGUAUACUCUGUUACUUUCGUAUACCAGAACUUAUAGCCAAGUUUUCUAACAGUGAAAAUGGCGGCUGGAUUUUACCCUAUUAUCCGGAGCUCAAACAGGAUCAUCAGACAUUGGUAGAAUAG